AUGAUGCUGUCAAUACUGUUCACAAUCUUUGAUGGCAUUCGAGAUCUGUUGAAGAAUUUGUUGGGCUUUAGAAGAAGAUGUGAGAGUAAAACAAGACUCGACCACAAAGUGGUUGUCAUUACCGGCGGUAACACUGGUAUCGGCAAAGAGACUGCACUUCAACUAACAUUACGCGGCGCUAAGGUAAUCAUUGGUUGUCGUGAUCUUAAGAAAGGAGAGAAUGCUGUAAAAGAUAUCAAGUGUUUGAAUGCAAAGGCAGACAUAAAUGUGAUGCAAUUGGAUCUCUCGUCCCUCUCAUCCGUCCGACACUUCGCCAAAACAUUGACACAAAACGAAUCCAGAAUUGAUAUCCUUAUAAACAACGCCGGAGUUAUGUUAUGUCCGGAGUGGACCACCGAAGACGGCUUUGAGAUGCAGUUCGGGACCAAUCAUUUGGGACACUUUUUAUUAACACUUUCUGUAAUGGAUUUAUUGAAAAAGUCGGCAAAAGCCAGAGUUAUUAACGUCUCAUCGAAAGCAUAUUUUACGGGAGAAAUUAAUUUCGAGAAUAUAAACCUGAGAAACGGUGCCUACAGUCCAAUCAAAGGCUACAGUCAAAGCAAAUUAGCAAACAUUUUGUUCACUCGAGAACUCGCCCGACGCUUGGGUCCAAAGAAUACUAUAACGGCUUAUAGUCUUCAUCCGGGGAUAAUCCAAACCGAGUUGGGCCGUCAUAUUCCCGCACUAAUCCAGCCUAUUAUCCGUUAUGUCUUCGGAUAUAUGAUGUUAAGCAUUGAAUUGGGAGCUCAAACCACACUAUACUGCGCUCUCGAGCCAUCCCUUGACAAUGAAUCCGGACUUUAUUACGAUGAUUGCCAUCGAAUUGAUAAUAUGUUUGCGAACGCAACCAAUGAUACCGACGCCCAAAAACUCUGGGAAUUGAGCUGUGAUUUGGUUAAACUCGACACUCAUUUAAGACUUGAUUAAAAUUGUGUAAAAUCUUAUGAAUGUAUUUAUUGUUAAUGAUAUGCGAUAUCAAUGCAAUAAAAUUAUAACCCAAA